AACUAGUUUAUUGCGGAUGAUAAUUUUAAGUGAUGCGGCAGUAUUAUAAUUGACAUACUCAAACGAAAAAGUAUUUUUCUUUUUGACAAUGGUUAAAUUAACUGAAAACAAGGAAGGUCGUGUCAUAAAAAUAAACAGCUCCAUUUAACUUCUGAUGGAAAUUGUAAAGGAGAGAGAAUUGUAGACGAAAAUAAUUAGGUUUGAAGGAUAUAUACCAAAUUGUCAGAUACAUCUGUUAAAAGAAAGAUAUAAUGUUUCUAUAGUUGAUAAACAAGGGCCGAAAAGUUGCGAUUGUCUUAACUCAGCCCUGUCAGAUUUUCGGCGCGAUCUUUGGGUAACCCGAUCUCCCGGCUCAAUGCAUCAACAACUCAUAGAACCUAGAUCAUAACAUAUGAAAGAUAUAAGAUGUAUAAUCUGAUAGAAGACAGUGCCUCAUUACAGAAAGCUGUAGUUACCGUGCUUGUGUCAUUUUCUGGUUUGUGGAUCAUCCAUACAUGCUGGAAAAAUAGGAAUAUCAGGGAAAAGAUUAGAAAUAAACAAAGAGAAUGCAGAGAUUCUCUAAACAAAUUGGAAGGAUAUAUUAAGGAAAAUGGAUUGACUAAGCGGAGACAAGAAGACAUAUUGAAACUGAAGUUUACUGAACUUCUCUCUAAACUACAAAGAGGUCAGCUCACAUCAUCUGAUACAUUAAAAGCUUACCAAGCAAAGGCCAUUGAAAAGAACAGAGAUCUAAACUUCAUUGUUGAACCAAUUUGGGAAGCCAUUCCUUUAGCUGAAGAUUGUGAUACUCAGAAGAAGAGAUUGCCAUUACAUGGUAUUCCAGUCAGUAUUAAAGAAAACUAUUUUUUAAAGAAAUUUGACUGUACUGGUGGAAUGAGCCCUAUGAUAGGAAAACCUGCUAAAGAAGAUGGUGUACUUGUAAAGGUAUUAAAACAUGUUGGCGCUGUGCCGUUUGUGCGAACAAAUAUUCCACAGACCAUGAUGACAUGUGAAUGUUCAAACCCUAUCUAUGGAACAACUGUAAAUCCGCAUAACUUAAAGCGUGGACCAGGUGGAUCAUCAGGGGGUGAAGCAUGUAUUUUAGGGGCAGAGGCUUCUAUUUUAGGGUGGGGAAGCGAUAUAGGUGGCAGUCUUAGAAUUCCAAGUCAUUUCUGUGGUACUUCUUGUUUAAAACCAACAUCUGGAAGGUUAAGUUUGAAGUCAUCAGAAGAACUUGAUGGUGGCAAUAUGCAGACUCUAAUUAGAGCAACUCCUGGACCAAUGGCUAGAGAUGUUGAUACAUUAGUAACAGCAAUGAAGGCAGUUCUGUGUCCUUAUCAUUUUGAGCUGGACCCUGAUGUACCUCCAUUACCAUUUAAUACUGAGGUAUACGAGUCAAAGAGGAAGCUACGUAUAGGAUAUUAUACAUAUGAUGGCUAUGUCCCAUGUAUACCUAGUGUAGAGAGAGGUGUUCUAGAAGCUAAAUCUGCGCUAGAGAGUAUGGGUCACACUCUUGUGUCAUUUGAAGUACCAAAUGUAGAGGAAAUGUUUGGAACUCUCUUCUUGAAGGCAUGUUUUGGUGAUGGUGGUGAACAUUUUCUAGAAAUGAUGAAGAACGAUGAGAUAGACCCAUCAAUACAACUGCUUGUUUACCUGUAUAAACUCCCAUUUUUUAUGCAAAAGAUUUUGUCAUAUGUUGCUAGCUUUAUUGCAAAGGAAAAGGUGCCUGGUCUACAAAUACGAUCAAUGCAGGGUGUUAAGUCUGUGAAGGAUUGGUGGCAACUUGCAGGACAGAUAGAUCGAUACAGAAAGGAUUUUAUGUCACUCUGGAAAAAAGAUAACCUAGAUGCCAUCCUGUGUCCUACAAUGCCAUAUGUAGCUCCGCCUACUGGAACUGUCAAAUAUCUAAUAGGUGGUGUGACAUAUACAACAUUGUAUAAUGUACUCAACUUUCCCGCUGGUUGUGUUCCUGUUACCAAGGCUACAGCUGUGGAUGAACAGAAUAUGAAAAAUUAUCCAAAUGUUACAGGGACACAAAAAUUUAUUAAAAAGUAUUUUAGUUCGGACACAGGAGGGUUACCAGUAUCUGUACAAUGUGUGGGACUACCGUUCCAAGAAGAGCUAGUGUUACGUGUGAUGAAAGAACUAGAAACAGGACUAAAACAAUUGAAGGAAUAAAAUGAGAUUAUAUAGGAAUUUUAUAUGAUGGUUUUUAAUACAAAAAAUAUCCAUGGAAUAAACAAGAUUAUUGUA